GGCCACGCGGCGUUGCUUCCUUUCGGGGCUGCCCCCUUGCCCGCCUCCAGCCUCCGGCCGGCCUCUCCGGACCGGGCGGCGUAUCCGAGCGGGGCGCCCGCCGCGCGGGGGAUGGCGGCGCCUCCCGCCUUUGUGCGGCUGCUCCUCCUUCCCCCUCUGGGCCGCUCCCCGCCAGCUUUCCCCGAGGCUGGAGAGGCGAGGAGGGGGCGAGCCGGGACCUGCCUAUUCGUGGCCGCCGCGGCGGCAGCAGCAGCAGCAGCGGGAGACAGCUCCCCGGCGUCGGCCUGUCCUUGAUGGGAAACCAACUGGACCGGAUCACGCACCUGAGCUACAGCGAGCUGCCCACCGGGGACCCGUCCGGCAUCGAGCAGGACGAGCUGCGGGUCGGGGUCGCCUACUUCUUCUCGGAUGAGGAGGAGGACGUGGACGAGCGCGGCCAGCCCGACAAGUUCGGCGUAAAGGGCCCCCCCGGCGGCGGCGGCGGCGGCGGGGGCGGCGGCGACGGCGAGGGCGACGCGGACGGCGGGGGCAGCCCGGGCCCCGGGACGCCCACCCACCACCCGCACCACCUGGUGCACCAGCUGGUGCUGCACGAAGCCCAGUGCUCCGCCUUCCGCGGCCCCGAAUGCAUCUUCUCCAAGGGGGGCGGCGGCGCCGGCGGGGGCGCCGGGGACCUGGGAGUCUACGCCGUGACGGCCCUGCCCGCGCUCUGCCAGCCCGGAGACCUGGUGGAGCUGCUGUGGCUGCGGCCCCCGGCCCCCGCCGCCGCCGGGGAGCCCCCCGGGUCGGCGCCGCCGCCGCCCCCGCACUGGGCCGUCUACGUGGGCGGCGGCCAGGUCAUCCACCUGCACCGCGGCGAGAUCCGCCAGGACAGCCUGUACGAGGCGGGCGCCGCCAACGUGGGCCGGGUGGUGAGUAACUGGUACCGCUACCGGCCCCUGGUGGCCGAGCUGGUGGUGCAGAACGCCUGCGGCCACCUGGGCCUCAAGAGCCCCGACGUGUGCUGGACCAACUCGGAGAGCUUCGCCGCCUGGUGCCGCUUCGGCAAGCGCGAGUUCAAGGCCGGCGGGGAGCUGCCGGCCGGCAGCCAGCCCCCGCAGCUGCAGUACUAUCUCAAGGUGCACCUGGGCGACGGCAAGGUGCACACGGCCAGGUUCCACAGCCUGGAGGACCUCAUCCGCGAGAAGCGGCGCCUGGACGCCGGCGGCGCGCUCCGGGUCAUCAAGGAGCUGGCCGCGCUGGUGGACGCCAAGGAGUAGCCGGGACCCGCCUGCCCGGCCCCCGCCCGCUCUCCCCGCCCCCUCCCUCCCUGUCCUUUCCCAGCGGGGGCCGCCGGCCCCCUCCCUCGCCCCCCCUUGCCGCGGGGUCUCGCCCCUCAGACGUCAGACCUUUGGGGGUAAUGGCCGGGCGCGAAGGAGCCGUCCGGAGGAGGAGGGGGGAGGGGCUGAAGGUCUCCUGCCCGCCGCUGAAGCCAGUGAGCCAGGGGAGGGGGAGAAGGCGGCUGAGCCCCUUCGCAGCUGGGAGAAGGGGAUGAGAUCUCUGGGUAAAGCCCCCGGGCCUGGGAAACGCAAGCCCUGCAGAAAGGGGGAGGGGGCGCCCAGAAGGCCGAGACCGAUCCCCGGGUUUUCUGGUGGAUCUCGGGGUCCUUGGGUUUGUAGGUUCCUUUCAAAGCCUGAGCUCGUUCUCCUGUGAGUAAUUCCCAGGAAACUCCCUCCCGCCCCCAGGACCGGGUAAAACCCCUGGCCCUGACCUCAGACACCUUUGGCUUCUGGGCAGUGCUAGUUUCUCAGGCUUCGAGCCCAGCUCCGCAACUUCCUGCAGUGUCACCCGCCCCCAGAAUCCCUAGGGACCUCAGCCGGUGGCUGCCCACCGAGGCGGUCGGAUCCCCUACCUCCCCUCCCCCGGGGCCUGGGCUCGGGCAGCCAGGUAGCCGAGAUCCCGCUGCUGCCCCCAGGAAAGGGAGAGAGUGACCCCUCCUGGUAAGCCUUGCAAGAGCAGCUAGACUCCCUCCCUCCCGGCUGUUUCAAACCCCUGCCCCACCUGGGUGGGAAUCCGAGCGGCCAUUGCCCAGGACUGCCCAGCUGGCAGAAGGGACCCGGCCCAUCCCCGGCCGGCAACUUGGUCUGGCUUUGCUAAAAUAUCGGAGUCACUGGGACAAGAGGCAAAGUUUAAAGGAGAAAACAGCAAGAAUAAUUUUCCACUUAUGUCAACAAAGUCAAUCACGUUGAUGUUUUAUUGAAGCGUUUUAGGGACCUGUUAAUAAAAUUUCAAAUUGAAA